GCAAGCCGGUACCGGUGUUAUCCGUAAAUUAGAAUAAAAAUAAUAUAUACACAGUAAAAAAUAAACGUUAUCCAGUGAAAUAUUAACGUGCCAAACAGCGCUUCAACGUAUUUAUUCAACUGAUACAACAAAUUUUGUUGCAACAAAGACACACGAGACAAAAUCAUUUUAAUUUUGUUGCGUGUCUAGUGUAGACGAGAAGUAGUUAUGGCGGCGGUUGACUGUUAUCAAAAUCAAAUGGAGGAGAGCCAGAAUCCAAUGAACGAUAACCAAGAUAGUAAUUUAUUGGGUGCCCAAGAGGAGCGUGAUCCACAGGGUGCAACUGCUGGUAUACCCGGUAAGGAUGAUGACCGUAAGCUUUUUAUCGGUGGACUCUCGCGUAACACCACGGACAAGGAGUUGCGCGAGCAUUUUGGAAAAUUCGGGGAAAUUGAGAGUAUCACGGUGAAGAUGGAUCAGUACACGGGUUUAUCGAGGGGUUUCGCAUUCAUGGUAUUCAAAAAUCCAAAGACCAUCGAUAAAUUGCUCGCAUCUGGUGAGCAUUACAUCAACAAACGAAAGGUUGAUCCAAAGCGUGUCAGUAAAAAGGCACAGCAUGGUAAGAUAUUCGUCGGUGGAUUGACUCCAGACAUCACUGAUGACGACAUCAAAGCCUACUUCAGUGAAUAUGGUACUAUUGUUGAGCUACAAUCACCAUUUGACAAGACCAAGAAUCAGAGAAAGGGCUUCUGCUUUGUAACGUUCGACUCCAAGGAAGUUGUUUACAAACUACUGAAAACACCAAAACAAACGAUCAAUGGUAAAGAAGUUGAUGUUAAGAAAGUCAAGGUCAAUAAUGAGACACAACGCCAGGGAUGGUGGGGACCCAGUGGAUAUGCUUAUGGUUAUCCACCUGGAUAUGGAUACAUACCAGAUUAUGCGAAUGGCGGUGGUUAUCAGGGGGGUUAUGAUGAGAGCUAUGGUAACUACGAUAAUUAUGCUGGGUACGAGACCUUCGAGAAUAAUACUGGCUAUCCCAUGCAGGGAAGCAAACCUAGGGGGCCACCGUCAUCGCAGGGGCCCAGACAGUUCCAGAGACAUCAGCCUUACUAAGAUAUCUCCAUCUAGCCAUUAUGUACAAUGUUCCAUGCUGAUAACAUGCGAGAAUGCGAACAAAUUAUUCGAUUGAUGAUUAAUGGUAAGAAUGAAGUAGUAUGAAUUUCAUUCAGUAAUAUCCUUUUUUUAACUUCAUGUUCAAUGGAUUCAUCUUUUUUUUGUUUCAAUUAUUAGUUUUUCACGAGAUUUAUUAAUACGCAAUUUCUGUCCAUUAAUCCAACAGACGAAUAUUUAGUGGUUUAACGUAUCUGCUUUUUUUCAUUCAACUCAAUUAAUCAUGCGUUUAUUACUCUUCCGUAAUUUUUUUUUUUUCGUCUUGAUUUUUUUCUUUUUUCUUGUGAUUUACUAUAGAAAAUAGUAUGAUGUGGUCAGGGCGUCUGUAUCAUAAGAACCAUCGAGAAUAUAUUUAAAAAAUUUCCGAUAUAAAGUGAGUGUUAAUGAAGAAAGGAAGAAAAUAUUGUUCUUAUAUUUUAAAAAUGAUGAUAACUAAACCUGUGGAAAAAAAAUAAAAUUGUUCAAUAGAUUUUUUGCAUGUUCAUGAAGCAAAAUUAUGAAGCGUUUUUGGACACAUGAAAUUUGUAGAUACAUUGAUAAAACCGUUUGGGAAAGAAAGGAAGACUGUCUUUUACUGGUAAACAUAUUAAGCAGUUCUGAAUUUAUAAAAAAUAAAAAAUGUAAGAGAGAAAAAAAAACUUAAAGUAAAUAGAAGCUCCUUCAUUGUGAUGGACCAAGGGCUAAUUAAAUUAGUCGUCUUUUUUUAUAACAACAAAAAAAAUUAAAAUAAUGUGAAAUGAAGUCCGUUUAUUGUUAACGUAUACUGCGUAUACGAUCAUGCAUUGUAUCACAAAGAAAAAAUUAAUAAAUCAAUAAUUAUAAUAUUUA